AUGGACGACUCGUUGAGUGAGAAGUGUGUCAUAAAAGCGGGUUUUGAACAAAACUAUUGCAUUAAAGCCUUUCGGAUGAGUCGUCGGAUGAGAAAGAAGAUGAAUAGAGAGGAGUCGGCGAAGACUUUGGGAAAGAAAUGGUUUGAUAUGAGAGUCAGUGAUAUGACUGACGAGAAGAAGAAUGAUUUGUUGGCUCUGAAUAUGAGGAAAGGAUGGGAUCCGAAGCGCUUCUACAAGAAGAACGAUAGCAAAGAAUUGCCGAAAUUCUUUCAAAUCGGAACUGUUGUCGAAUCCAAAGCCGAUUACUAUUCCUCGAGAGUCCCCAAAAAGGAUAGGAAGCGAACUCUGGUGGACGAGCUGUUGGCCGACGCGGACUUCAAGAGAUUCAACAAAAAGAAGUAUUCGGAAGCGUUGGCUAAGAAUCCGUAUUAUCUUCGGAUGAAACGCAAGAAACAGAGACAGGAGUUGAAGGCAAAGGGUGUCGAUCCCAGACAUCAGAGGAAUCAGAAGAAAAUGAAACGAAAAAAUGAUAAAAAGCAUAAACAAAGUUCUCGCGAAUAA